GCCACCAGUACAGUACCUCAGUGUAGAACAGACGGCCGUGGUGUUCAAGUCUUCUCAUUGUGAGCUGUGUGAGAAGCGACCAUGUUUGAAGUAUUCGGGGAAUUGAAGAAACAGAUCACCACAUCUGGGGACACCAAACCUCGGGUGGGGUCGAUGGUCUUCUUCUCGGCCAAACUGUGUAUGUUCAUCACCCUGCUGGCGUGUGUGCUGGUCACCGCCAAGAACUACAUCGGAGACAACAUCAAGUGCAUCACGGGCUUCGAGAAACAGGAACACAAAGCCAUCGAGACUUACUGUUUCAUUGCCUCGACCUUCACCAUUGUGGAUCUGAACGCUGAUUUGGCACCUCACCCUGGCGUAGGACCCGCCAUUCCGAAGAUUAAUGCUGAAGGGGAGAAGGAGGAAGCUACCAGAGGCAACGCGUACUACCAGUGGGUGCCGAUGGUGUUGGUGCUGCAGGCAGUCUUCUACUAUCUCCCAAUCUGGAUCUGGGACAGAAUAGACAAAGGGUUCUUCCAGUCCGUUCUCUGUCAGCUGGACAAGAUACACAUUAGCGACGUCUCCAAGAAUGUGGAGAGUUCGGCGCGGUACUUCGUCAGCUCCAUGGCAACCCACAGGAGCUACGGAGUGUUCUUCUUGCUGUGCGAAUGUUCCAUCUUCGCCAUCUCCGUGGGCAACCUAUUCUUCACCAACACCUUCCUUGGCGGGGAGUUCUUCAAGUUCGGGCCGUCAGCCAUCAAGUAUCUGGGCACUAGUGCCACUGACCCAAAUAAUCCUCUCAAUGAAAUCUUCCCCAAGGUUGCCAAGUGUACGUGGCACAAGUACGGGGCGUCGGGGACCAUCCAGAAGUUCGACUCCAUGUGUGUGUUGCCCCUCAACAUCGUCAACGAGAAGACUUACAUCUUCCUGUGGCUCGUCUACAUCGUCACCGCCGCCAUUUGUGGCUUCGUCCUCAUCCUUCACCUCCUCCUCUUCUUCCUGUCAAGCCUUCGCAACACCGUGCUCGUCCAUCUGACCCACAAACACCAGACCAAACAGGACCCUACAAACGUCCUGCUCAAGUGUAACUACGGCGACUGGUUCCUCAUAUACCAUUUCAAGAGCAACAUGGCCUACUUCAGCGAGUGGGUGGCCAGUGUCAAGCAGGAAUUGCAAAAGUAGACGACGGUGGCAGGCGGUGGGUGUUAGUAGGGUUUAUUAUUUUUGGGUGUUUUCAACAACCCGGGAUUCCGGAACAAAACCAAUCCUUCUCUCGGGAUCCCUGGACACGUUCUAAAUAUAGUACCGAGGCAA